ACAGGUUCCAAGCAGGCUCCAGGCUCUGAGCUGUCAGCACAGAGCCGGAUGCGGGACUCAGAGUCACAAACUGCGAGAUCGUGACCUGAGCCGAAGUCUGAUGCUUAACCAACUGAGCCACCCAGGCGCCCCUGGAGUGAGACAGUCUUAAGCAGGUUCCAUGCCCAGCACAGAGCCCGCCUUGGGAUCCAGUGUCAAGACUAUGAGAUUAUGACCUGAGCCGAAAUCAAGAGUAGGGUGCUUAACUGAUUGAGCCAUCCAGGCACCUCAAUUUAGGAAGUUCUAUCCAGCAGUUACUUAUUGAGUACACAUGGUGUGCCAGGAACAUUUCAAGACUGAUAGUAAACAAGACAAAAUCCAUUUUCAGGAUCUUUGUUCAAGUCAGGAGAUGCCAACAUUAUUGUGAGAACAAGAGUUGCAAAUAGAAAAUGUCAUGAAAAACAUGAAACUGCAUAAUGGGCAACUGGUGUGGGGCUGCUUCAGCCAUGGUGGCCAGGAAGGCCUUUCUGAGAGACAUUUGAGCUGAGACUAGAGUGAGGUGAAGGAGAUGACCCUGGGAAAUCUGGGGAAAGAGCGUUCCAAGUGGAGGGGGCAGCAAAUGGAAGGACUGAGGCAAGAAAGAAGGCCAGGGAGUUUGGUAGCCCUGGGGAAGAGAAGUAGGGGUGUUACACCAGGGCCAGGUCCUAUAAGGCAUGUCAAGGAGGUUGGAUAUCAUUAUAAUUGCUGUGGAGAACCAUUGGAAGGGUCAACCGAGAGAAUAUGAUUUUAGAAGUAUCGUUCCAGCUACCUGGUGGUGAGCACCCACUCUGGAACAAAAGUGGACAGUGGAGCCACUGGGUUUAGAGUAGAUCCUUCAUUUUAACUUUUUUUUUUUGACCUAUCCUUAACUGUUUUUUAAGUAUAGCGUUUUAAAACUAUUUGUAGGUGCAGUCAUGCAGGAAAACCUCAGAUUUGCCUCAUCUGGAGAUGAUGUUAAAAUAUGGGAUGCUCCAUCUAUGACAUUGGUGGACAAAUUCAACCCACACACAUCACCACAUGGAAUCAGCUCAGUGUGUUGGAGCAGCAAUAAUAACUUUCUAGUGACAGCCUCUUCCAGUGGCGACAAAAUUGUUGUUUCAAGUUGCAAAUGUAAACCUGUUCCACUUUUAGAGCUUGGUGAAGGGCAAAAGCAGACAUGUGUCAGUUUAAAUUCCACAUCUAUGUAUUUGGUAAGUGGAGGCCUAAAUAACACUGUUAAUAUUUGGGAUUUAAAAUCAAAAAGAGUUCAUCGGUCUCUUAAGGAUCAUAAAGAUGAAGUAACUUGUGUUACAUAUAAUUGGAAUGAUUGUUACAUUGCUUCUGGAUCUCUCAGUGGUGAAAUUAUUUUGCACAGUGUAACCACUAAUUUAUCUAGUACUCCUUUUGGCCAUGGUAGUAACCAGUCUGUUCGGCACUUGAAGUACUCCUUGUUUAAGAAAUCACUACUGGGCAGUGUUUCGGAUAACGGAGUAGUAACUCUCUGGGAUGUGAAUAGCCAGAGUCCAUACCAUAACUUUGACAGUACACAUAAAGCUCCAGCUUCUGGCAUCUGUUUUUCUCCUGUCAAUGAAUUGCUAUUUGUGACUAUAGGCUUGGAUAAAAGAAUCAUUCUCUAUGAUACUUCAAGUAAGAAGCUAGUGAAAACGCUAGUGGCCGAUACCCCUCUAACUGCAGUAGAUUUCAUGCCUGAUGGAGCCACUUUGGCUAUUGGAUCUUCCCGUGGGAAAAUAUAUCAAUAUGAUUUAAGGAUGUUGAAAUCACCAGUUAAAACCAUCACUGCUCACAAGACUUCUGUGCGAUGUAUAGCAUUUCAGUACUCCACUGCUCUUUCUAAGCCCACAGCUGUGAACAAACGAGCCAUUAAUGUGAGCACUACCAGUGGAGGAGUUCAGAAUUCUGGACUCGGCCGAGAAGCAGCCACCUCUUCCACUGGCACAGCUCUCCCACAGCCCAUGACAACAGCUGGGGGAAAAGGAGCAGUUGCUGUUCAAGACAAAGCAGGUUUGCCUCGAAGCAUAAACACUGAUAUUAUAUCUAAGGAAACGGACAGUGGGAAAAAUCAGGAUUUCUUCAGCUUUGAUGAUACUGGAAAAAGUAGUUUAGGUGACAUGUUUUCACCGAUCAGAGAUGAUGCUGUGGUUAACAAGGGAGGUGAUGAGUCCAUAGGCAAAGAUGGCCUUGACUUUCUACCACAAUUGAACUCAGUCUUUCCUCCAAGAAAAAACCCAGGAACGUCAAGCACUUCAGUAUUGCAUUCUAGUCCUCUUAGCGUUUUUAUGGGAUCUCCAGGGAAAGAAGAAAAUGAAAAUCAUGAUCUGACAGCUGAAUCUAAGAAAAUAUAUCUGGGAAAACAGGAACCUAAGGACUCCUUCAAACAGUUUGCAAAGUUGAUCCCUGGUGCUGAGACUGGAAAUCUGAAUACCUCUCCACCAUCUAACCAAACAAGAAGUCCUGAGAAAUUUGAAAAGCCAGAGAAAGAAAUCGAAGCCCAGUUAAUAUAUGAACCCCCGGUCAAUGGAUCCUCAACUCCAAAUCCAAAGAUAGCAUCCUCUGUCACUGCUGGAGUUGCCAGUUCACUAUCAGAAAAAAUAGCUGAUACCAUUGGAAAUAAUCGGCCAAAUGCACCAUUGACAUCCGUUCAAAUCCGGUUUAUUCAGAAUAUGAUACAGGAGACAUUGGAUGACUUCAGAGAAGCAUGCCAUAGGGACAUUGUGAAUUUACAAGUGGAGAUGAUUAAACAGUUUCACAUGCAAUUGAAUGAAAUGCACUCUUUGCUGGAAAGAUACUCAGUGAAUGAAGGUUUAGUGGCUGAAAUUGAAAGACUACGAGAAGAAAACAAAAGACUACGGGCCCACUUUUGAAAUUUCAGUGAAUACCUUAAUGUUUUGUAAUUGGAGAAGCUUCUGGCAACACAACUGCAUGGAAUCAGUAUUGUUUUUAUGGUCUUUGGGGAAAAAAGUGUUUUUCAAGUAAAAUGGUGAUGGGAUUUUACACCAACCACUAUUUCAUCUUCUCUGUCAAAAAUAUUUAUAUUUUUAUAUUAAGAACUGUACAUGUCAUCUGCCUAGUAGGAAAGUCAGCAGUAUCUUUAUUUUCCGAAAGCUUUAGCUACACACUAAGUGCCCUUUUUCAUAAGAAAAGAAAAUUGUGCAAAAAAAAAAAAAAAAUAGGUUAUGUAUGUUUUUUAAUUACCUUUUUUUAACAGAUAAUAUUUUUGAUUGAUAAUUGCCUUCCAAAUUGUUUUGGAUGUUUGAAGAUUAAAGAGCUUGAUAUGCCUUCUAUUUUUAUGGUGAAAAUAAUUUUAAAAUGGCAAUUGGUGUUUCUAAGCAAUUGACUAGUAAAACACAACGUUGGUUAGUAAUUAUUUUGUUAACUUGAUAAAGUCAAGUAUGACUAUUAUUUAUUGUACAUUUUAUAAGAAAAUUCUGGGAAUUUUGAAUUGCACAGAUUACAUUAUAUACCUAUUGCAUCUAUGUUAGUGUUUUGUACUUCUGGCAAAUCUCUACUCCUGUUUUGUAUUUUGUAGCUGAUUUCACUUUACCUGUGAAAAUGUUUAGGGGUUUAUAAGCCUCAACUAGAGCUGCAUAUCUACUGAUUAUCUUAUGAAUUAGUAAAAUGCAAAGUUACUCUGUAAAGUUUCGAUCAACAUGAUUCAACUUAUAAUCAGUGAAAAUUUUAUAUUAGAUGCUAAGUAUUACAGUAUUAGUCCUAUUUUUUUCCCUUCCAAAUGAGAAGUGUAGAUUAUUUCGUUUUGUGGUUUAUAUCAUUAACUUUCUCUAAUUAUUUGUGUGGUGUGUGUAAUGUUUUUUAUUGUUGACCUUACCGUAAAAUUUAGAAAGUUCAUUGUCAAAAGAAUUUACACCUCUUUGUGAAUGGGUGGAUGUGUACAUCUACCUGCCAUGAUCUACGGUGUUAGUUGUAUAAGAUUAGGAGGGCUCCAGGCUUGUUUACCUUCUUAUUGUCUCCUGUCCCAAAGAUGUAAGCUAUGUACCUUGUAUACAGCACUCCUGCCCAAUUUUGACUUUGGAGAUAAAAAUAUUUACUAAAAUAAUAAAGAAACCUAGCUAGCUUACUAACUUUAUGGUUUUCCCAAGUGAUGGAAAUUUUGAGGAUAUAUUUAAUAAGUGUAAACGUACUAAUGAUGACUUCCAGAAAUAAAAACAGAAAUACUACUUUUUCCUAGUGCGGCUCAGAGAAUGCGUUUGUGUUGAAAUGUAAAAGGGUGCUAAUAUGAUCUUUCUUUCCUGACAGAUUAUUGAAAGCAUUAUGAUUUGUAACAAGCUUCCUUCUAUAUCAGUAUCAAACAGGUUUAGAAAACAUAAAAGUGUGUUUUGCCUACAUGCUGUAUUUAAAUCCAUUAAUAUUUUCCUAUUGCCUUUUUCUAUAAAUGCACAUAAUGUGUAUUAAAAGAGGUGGGAUAAAUAAAACAAUUCUAGUAACUUUA